AUGAAGAGAGAAACACCUACGUUGGAAAGAAAAUCUUCGCGGCAUUCUACUGCGAACAAUGCUCCAGCAAAUUUUGUUAGUGCAGUAACAUUGAAGAAUGUACCUAUUCCAGAAAUCAGCGAUGAAGAACUGUUAGCAUUUACGCUCGAAUACGAACGUCAACACGAUCAAAUUCAUCGUGACAACAAACAUCACCAAUACACAUACCAAAAGAAAUCAACUAUUUCAAGCAAAACGACAACGGAUCACAUAGAAGAAAAUCAAGCUGAUACGCCAAUGUUUAUUUUCAAUCUAUCGUCGCUCGAUUAUGAUGAUGAAGAGUUUCGAGCUGGAUAUCCAUUUGAUUUAGAUAAAUUAGAGGACCAGGACGAAUUACCGGAAGAAAAAUCAACACAAGAUGACUUGUCAUCAACAAAUGAUGAUGACAACGAUCUUGAUCAGGUAGCUGCUUUACUGAAUAGUAAAUAG